AUGGGAUCUUGGAUACCAAUCAAAGCAGAUUCGGAUUUCUCCUUACAGAACCUUCCAUAUGGCGUCUUUAGCACUGCAGCUGACACAGAUCGACGUAUUGGUGUCGCGGUUGGAGACCACGUUUUGGAUCUGAAAGCCUUUGCCCGAAAUGGGGCGUUUGCUUCCCUCGAGAAGGAUUUCGACGUGACGUUGCUCGAAGAUCCCACUUUGAAUCGAUAUGCCACUCUUGGAAGGGGUGUUCAUCGCAAGGUUCGAGCUUUCCUACAGGAAAUACUCGCAGAGAACACCACGCUCGGGAAUGUCUUGCGCGACCAGUCCACACUCAGAAGCGCAGCAGUGAUUCCCAUACAGUUAGUAAACAUGCAUCUGCCUGUGUCCGUGGGCAAUUACACCGACUUCUUCACGACCCCGCACCAUGCUCAAAAUUGCACGGACAUCGUACGGCCUGGCUCGAAAGUCCCUGCCAGCUUCUACAACAUGCCGUUGGGAUACUCUGGUCGCGCCUCAUCAGUCAUCCCUUCUGGGACACCGGUACGCCGUCCUCGGGGUCAAUUUGUGACGAGCGAACAGCAACCCAAGUUCGGUCCUUGUGAAAAACUCGAUUUCGAAGUGGAAUUUGCGGCCGUCAUUGGUAAGGGGAACGAUCUGGGGCAGCCUAUUGAUAUCAAAGACGCUGAAGAGCAUAUCUUUGGAUGCGUUCUCCUGAAUGAUUGGUCAGCAAGGGACAUACAAAUGGCGGAGUCAACUCCGCUGGGGCCGUUCAAUGGAAAGAACUUUUCCACUAGCAUCUCUCCAUGGAUUGUGACGUUGGAUGCACUAGAGCCAUUCAGGACGAAGUCUCUGAGAUCGAAUCCAUUGCUACCCUAUCUCCAAGAUAGAGAGGACUCGGUACACGACAUUGCCAUUGAUGUCCAUCUGCAAGUGGACUCGGAAAAAUACCACCUCACGCGGUGCAACACCAAGAACACCAUCUUUUCAUUUGCGCAAAUGCUCGCUCAUCACACAGCGGGUGGAUGUCCCAUGCAGCCUGGAGAUCUUAUAGGGACAGGUACUCUAUCUGGCGGAACCCAAUCGGAGUUGGGAUGCUUUCUCGAAGCCAGCUGGAACGGGACUAGACAGUGUACAGCGAAUACCAAGGGAGGUGCUGAAAGCAAAAGCAUCAAUCGUGUAUGGUUGCAGGAUGGUGAUAUCGUCCAGUACACAGCAAAAGCCCAAGGCAAAGAUGGUCUUGGUCGGGUUGGAUUUGGGGAGUGUUCAGGGCAGAUACUUCCGUCGCCUUACAUUUGA